AGGAAAUUACACCACGUUUGGAGCAGUUCAUUUGAUGUGAGUCGAAUAUAUAGGAUACUUUAUUCAAGUCAUUCGAUAAUUGCCGCGUUAAAAGCUGUGAUUAUUUGCAUAUAACAUGUUCUGUUACUAACAGUUGUUUCUGAAGAUGAAUACUGUUGUAUUACUACUCCUUGCCUAUGUUGGACUAGCAGCUGCUCAAACUAAAAGUGAUGUGGAAGACCGUUGUACACCAACGAAUUGUAAGCUUCCAGACUGCAGAUGUCCCGGACACAGUAUCCCGGGUGGCUACAAACCAGAAGAGAUACCACAGAUGGUUCUUAUAACAUUUGAUGAUGCUGUCAAUUGGGAAAAUUGGGGAUAUUACUCUAGACUCUUUCCUCCAGACGGAAGCAGAAAAAAUCCCAAUGGCUGUCCAAUUGGAAUGACUCUUUUCGUGUCUCAUAAUUUUACAGACUAUUGUAUGAUCAAGAAAAUUCAUUCAAGGGGCAAUGAAAUAGCAGAUCACAGUAUUUCGCAUCGACUUCCCCAUAAGUGGUGGUCAGAGGCUUCCACCGAGGAUCUUACUGAAGAAAUACUCAACCAGAGACAAAAUCUUGCUGAUUUAGCUGAAAUUCCAAUGGAAGACCUGAGAGGAUGGAGAAGUCCAUUUUUACAGCCAACUGGUGAUACCAUGUUCAAUAUCUUGUAUAAAAAUAAUUUUACCUAUGAUGCCACUAUGACCUAUCCCUUUCCGCGAAAUGUAUAUUCCCCAGUAAUGUGGCCCUUUACUCUGGAUUAUUCGUAUACCUUGGUAUGUAACAUUGAUCCGUGUCCCAAAAAUUCCUAUCCUGGUUUCUGGAUACUUCCGGUUGUAGUCAUGAUGGACUAUCGAGAGCACCUGCCAUGUGCUUAUGUGGACUUCUGUAAAAAUGCGCCGAGAAAUCAAGAUGAAGCAUUCCAACUUUUAUGGAAAAACUUUCUACGAAAUUACAGAACUAACAGAGCACCCUUGUACAUUAAUUUGCAUUCAAAAUGGCUGAAUGUCGACUUCAACAUCGAUGCGCUGGACGAGUUUAUACAAAGAAUGGCCACAAUGGAUGAUGUCUAUGUUACAACAGUAAGCAAAGCCAUCGAAUGGGUUCGAAAUCCAAAACCACUGACUGAAAUUAACGACUUUGAACCAUGGAAAUGCAAUUUCAAACCAAAUCAAGAGGAU